AUGCCCUGGCGCGAUGAGUGGCCCGUUGGAUUGAAUGGAGAAGAGUACGACGGCAAACAUAUCUUGACACUGGUGCGGGACAAUGUUAGUCCCUUCAAAGACGUCUGGAACGUGCAGUUGCUCAUCGAUGAGAUUGAAGAGAAGCUUCAAGUUGAAGUAACAGAUAUCCCGACUAUCGAUAAAGGCUCCAACAACUAUGGAUUCCACUUGAAGGUCCGAAAUGGACCAGAUAUGGUGGUUCGUCUAGCUCGUGGCGACGUCAAUAUGCCAGACUUUGAUGGCUUCGCUGUCGAGCAGCAGAUCCCCGAGGUUUUGUUCGAAGCAGCCACGUACACUCUUUUGCGGAACGAAGCCGAAGUCCGCGCCUCUCGUCUACUCUACUCUCGCGCACCACUCCUGAAACCAGGCUCUAGGACGCAGGUUCCAGAUGAUCUGUCUGGUCGACGCAUGUUUGUGUUCGAACGAUCUGAUGGAACUAACAACGUAUGGGAAGAGCUUGAUGCCGGAGGAAAGGAGUCGCUGCUUGAUCAGCUUGCACGCAUGCGUGCUGCCUUAUUCAACUAUUGCCCACCGUCGGAGUUCACGACCGAGUACCUACAUAGCCGUAUCUUUGACUUCAAACCACACGCUUUCACCUUACCCGUAGCGCCUACUCGCGAAUUCUGGAUACACGUAAUGGAGUCAAAGGUUGAAGCAACAAUCAAGAACGAAGGUGACAUGAUGGGAUGGGAAGAUGAUGAAGAAACUGUGGGACCUGUUGCACUAGCAGCAAAGCAGUCUCUCCUCAAAGCGAUACCACGUCUACUACCGCAAGAGAAUUCCGACAUCUUGUAUAGGCUAGUGCUUGAGCACGGUGACUUUGGGAUACACAACACUUCGAUCAUCACAGACGACGACCGUAAGCCCGGAGUCACGUCGCUAUAUGAUUGGGAGACAGCAUGCAUCGUUCCAGCUCUACUAGCCGACCCACUUGUCGCGGCUGGUCCUGUGGAUCUGAUUACGAACGAGCAUUCUGAGCCGGCUGUCACUAGGAUACCUCGAUCACCGACGGCUGCAGAACUGGAAACAUAUGCCACCUGGUCGCGACAUUACAUCAAGGUUCGUCUGUACCGAAUGUUGUUUACCAUGAUGGUGCGCUAA